UUGAGGCCUGAGGGUUCAUCAUCUCUUCCUUCAAACGUUCACCACUGCAACAGCAGCCAAUCUUCCUCUUCUCUUGGUGCCCGGUGGAUCUACUCUCCGUAUCGAGAAGUGACGUUGCCGGAUGCUACUAUCCGGUUUGUGACGAUCUUACAGGUUUGGUUUGGACGGUUGAAACAAGUUCAGAAACUAUUUGAUCGUCGAGGUGCUUCUGUUGAUAUAGAUUCAAUGAAUUGGAAGUGUACCACAGGCAGCAACCAGAAUUCCUGCAACUGCACAAGCUUCAGUGGCACCUUCAACUGCACAACCAUCAGUUACUUUAACUUGUAAUUGUACUGAGAAUACAUCACACGAAGGACAUAAGUAGUAACUAGUCAAAGAAGGGUAAUUGUUGUUAACUGGACGCUUUGGCUUUUGAGGAACUUGGAUACACAUAGUUGCCAACAGCAACCAGGUCAGUUGUCGAUCCCACUUGCUUCCAACAGGAACUUGAAGUGGAAAGAAGGCAUCUAAGGUGGCAUACCAGCAGAGAAGUAUCACCAUAGAUUCAAGUGGCAUUUCCCUCAAGUUCCAAAUGGUUAUCUGUAUCACCUGAUCGAUUAAUAUUAAUUAGUUAGUCCACACGAACGACUUCUGCUUUCCUACUUCAAAUUGAAAAUUCAGAGAAGAGACCAAGAAAAUGUCCAUGAAGGAGGACGGUCUUUUAAUUGCUUCAGCACUGUCAGACGUGCAAAUUAAUGUGCAUGGAGUCCACUUCCGCUUGAAGAAAAAACUUCUUGUUGCAAAAUCUGCUAAACUUGCUAAAUUACUUGAAAAAAAUCAACAUGAAGAUAUAUCCCACUUGCUCCCAGACAUACCAGGUGAUUCUCAAACAUUCGAACUUGCUGCAAAGUUCUUCUAUGGUCAUGAGCUGAACUUGUCUGCCGAAAAUGUCAUCCCACUUGCUUGCCUUGCUCAUUAUCUAGAAAUGACUGAUGAUUUCAGCCCCAACAAUCUUUACGAUAGAUGUCUAUCAUUCAUGGAACAAUGGGUUUUCCCCAGCUGGAAUGAAUCCAUCAAGGCUUUCCAAAGCACGGAACUUGUUAUUAGACAAGCUCUAGAACUUGGCCUGAUAAAUUCUUGUUUGGAUUCCAUUGUAUCAAAGGCAAUUUCUAAACCCGACCUCCUUGGAAAACCAAUCAAGAAUCCUAUGGAUGGUGACAGUGGGGAUGGAAAAAAUGGUUAUUAUCCAAGUGCAAGAAGAAGGCUUUAUGUCCCUGAUUGGAAACAAGAUCAGUUGAUCACAUUGACACUCCAACAUUAUCUGUUUGUCAUGACUGCCAUGAUUCACAAAGGGAUUCAAUCAGAAUAUAUCACAGGUUGUCUUCUCCGUUAUUUGGAGAAGUGGGUAUAUUGUGUGGUUGGAGGGGUAGGCUUGCCUCUUCAUAAGAAGAGGGAGGUUAUUGAACAAGUGGAGAAGUUAUUGCCUGAUGAGAGGGAACUAGUACCUUUCAAGUACUUGUCUGAAAUGCUACGGUCAGCAAUCACCUUGCAAGCUAGCUUAGACUGUAGAAAUAGACUUGAAAUCAGGAUGGGGAAGAAACUAAAUGAAGCCACGGUUGUAGAUCUCUUGAUACCUUCUCAAGGUUAUGCUAGGGAAGAGAAGUACGAUACUGAGUGCAUUGGAAGGAUUGUGAAAAGCUUCUAUGCCAAUUAUAAUUCAUCAGAUUCAGCAGAGUUAGUUGGAGUUACAGAGCUCAUUGAAGAAUUCUUGUCUGAGGUAGCAAGUGAUGUGGCUUUGAAGAAGGAUACAUUUAUAUCACUGGCAGAGAUGGCAAUUGCGACAUCAUUGGGAAUUCAACGAAACACUGAUGGAAUAUAUAGAGCCAUUGAUAUUUAUUUGGGCAAGCAUGGGUACCUGACAGAGACAGAGAGAGAGGAGGUAUGUCGGGUGUUGGAUUGCCAUAAGAUGUCUCAAGAGGCACGUGAGCAUGCUAGACAGAAUGAACGGUUGCCACUGCGAGUUGUAGUACAGGUACUAUAUGUGGGACAUUUGCAGCUGCGGGAUGCAAUCGCAAAUGGUGAUAUGCUGGAUUCUUAUGGUAGGUGUCAGAGGGUGGAAGGUGGAGAGAAUGCAGUUGUUGGGGUGGACAGGGACAACCAUAGUCAGGGUACUGCUGCUAGUGAGGAAGAGCUGCUAAGAGCAGAGAUGAAAGACAUGGAUGAUAGGGUAAUGGAGUUGGAGAAGGAGUGUUGUAGGAUGAGGAUAGAGAUGGAGAAAAGUGGUGGUGGCAGUCAUUCUGUAGUGAAGAAGAAGGGAAGCAUGUGGAAGCAGCUGAAGAGGAAAUUUGGUUGCAUCAGAAACAGCAUGCAUGAAUGUAAUUGCCAGGUAAAGAAGAAGAAGGUGCAUCCAAAGAAUUGUGCCUAAUUAAUCUGUAAGCCUUCUAACUUCAUCCUAGUCAUGUGCAGCUUCUAUCUGGAUUUCUUUUCAGUUUUUCUCCUUUUUGAGGCUUAAUCAAUUAUUGGUUGUUUAGAGAUCAUCAAAUAAAAUUUACU